AUGAGUUUAUUUGGAAAUACAGCAGGAUCUAACCCAUUUGGGGCUCCAGCAGCAGGAGGUGCAUCUACAGGUGGAUCAUUGUUUGGUGGCACUAGUUUGGGAGGUGCUGCUCCUUCAAGUGGUGGUAAUCUAUUUGGAGGAUCAACACCAGCAGGUGGAUUGACAUUGGGUGGUGGAGGAGGAGGAGGUUUGUUUGGUGGUUCUUCUUUAGGAGCUGCUGCACCUUCAACUACAUUAGGAGGAGGAGGUUUAUUCGGUGCCCCAUCUACAACCAGUACUACUACUGGUGCUGGUGGUUUGUUUGGUGCUCCAUCUACAACAACAUCUCCUCCAUUAGGAUCGGCUACAACUGGUGCUGGUGGCUUGUUUGGUGGUGGUGGUGCAUCUGGAACAUCUUUGGGUGGUGCUGGUGGUGGAGGUCUAUUUGGCGCAACCUCUACUCCGCCAACUACAUCAACUGGUGGUGGCUUGUUUGGUGGUGGUGCAUCAUCUGGAACAUCUUUGGGCGGUGCUGGUGGUGGAGGUCUAUUUGGCACAACCUCUACUCCAACAACAACUGGAACAUCAUUGGGUGGUAAUACAGGUUUAGGCUUGGGAUCAACACCAUCACUUUCAUCUGGUGGAUUAUUUGGUGCUGCAACUACACCUGCUGCCACCACCUCUGCUACACCAUCACUUGGUUCAGCUGGUGGAUUAUUUGGUGCUGCAACUACACCUGCUGCUACCACCACCUCUGCUACACCAUCACUUACAUCUGGUGCUGGCGGUCUAUUUGGUGGUGCAACUACACCUGCUGCCACCUCUGCCACCACUACUGGUGGAUUAUUCGGUGCUGCAUCUACCCCAGCAGCUACUACCACACCAUCCCUUUCAUCUGGUGCUGGUGGUCUAUUUGGUACAACUACGCCAGCCACUACACCAGCAACUACUACCACUUCAACAACUGGUGCUGGUGGUCUCUUUGGAGGAUCAGGUUUAAAUUUGGGAUCGACCAGUACCCCUUCAACUACUACAACAACAACAACAUCAACAGCAACUACUGGAGGAUUAUUUGGAACUUCUACACCUGCUGCAACCACCACCCCAGCUACACCAUCACUUGGAUCAACUGGUGGAUUAUUUGGAGGAUCAUCUGCUCCAGCAACAUCUACAACAGCAACAACUACUGCUGCCCCAACAACAGGAGGAUUAUUUGGUGGCUCAUCAUCUACACCACCUACAACUACACCAACUACAGCAUCUACUCCUAGUGGAGGAUUGUUUUCUGCAGCAGCAACCCCUGCCAAGCCAGCCGACGCCAAGCCCGAAUUAACCACUUCCAUGUUGUCAGGCAACAACCCAUCAUCAUCAACAGCAAUCACCACUACUACACCAAAAGAUAUUGAAAUCAACGAAAGUCAAAUAUUGGAAGAUUUAUUAAAUGAAUGGGCCGAGGAAAUUAAUAAUCAAACUCGUCAAUUCUACCUUCAAGCCAAACAAAUUUAUCAAUGGGAUUCUGCUAUUAUGGAAAAUUCUCAAAAAUUAAAUACGCUGAUGGGAACUGUACAGUCAAUUAAUUCUCAACAAAAAACUCUUGAACAGGUUAUAAAUACGAUUAAAGAUCAACAAUCAUUAUUGGAUAAAUCAUUGCACGCUUUGGACGAAAAGAUCAGCGUGUCACAAAAGGAAAUCGAGUCUUCAUCUGAUAUUGAAAGAGAAAAGAUUUAUUAUUCCACCAAGAAAAUCGACGAAGACAUUUCAAAUAUAGAAUCAAAAUUACAAUCCAUCGUCACAACUAUUAAUGAUUCAAAUGAACCUGCUGAUCCAAAUGAUCAAAAACAACAAAUAAUUAAAAUUUUAAAUGCUCAUUUGAAUGCACUACAAUGGAUCGAUAAGGGAACAGGUAUUUUGAAUGAAUCAUUAAGAGAUAUAGAAUCAAAUUUUAAAUUUUAA